AUUGGAUGUAACACACAACAUUAGCUCUUCUUCCGUAAACUCGCUGGAAACAUGCGUUCUUAAUACUUAGAAUUAUUUGUUUUUCAUCAUUUGAUACGUGUCCAAAUAAUUUAGCAAGCCUGUUUGAUAAAGAUAACGCGUCAGCGUCCCCACGUGGGGCAUAAUUUAAGCGAGAUAAGCCGCAUGCUAGGCUCCGGAUUUCACUUUUAUCUCUUCAAACCGGUUAUUCUCAACAACCAGUUUGAAGACCACCAGAGGCGACCUGGGACAAUGUCUGUUACCACGACAACCAACUACAGAGCAUACGUUCACAGAGUUGUAUAAAAGGAAGUCACCUCUAAGAAAUCUUCAGUAUGUCCUCUGAGGAAGAGAUUUCCCAGAAAUCCUCUGCUUCAUUGUCUCCCCCUUCUUCCUCAUCCCCUCCUUCCUUGCACUUCAUCGGGAAGAAGGAAGACAUUGUCAAGGCUGGGAGGGUUACGAAGCUGGUGAAUGGGUGCAGAGAUGUUCUGGUCUUGUACCACCAAGGGCAGCUUUAUGGAAUGGACAUGCGCUGCUACCAUUCAGGGGGCGCGUUGCAGUAUGGAGACAUUGAGGAGUUUAACGGACGGCUGUGCAUUGUCUGUCCAUGGCACAAGUACAAGAUCACACUUGCAGAGGGUGAAGGGCUUUACCAAGCUGUGGACGAUCCUACAGCCAAACCACUGAGGACUACGUGGCGCUCCAAGGGUGUCAAGCAAAGAAUUCAUAAAGUCACUGAAGUCAACGGGGAUGUGUACAUAACACUGAACGACUCCAGUGAGGCCAUCAACUCAGAUGUCUACCAGACUGAGAAAUACAGGACUGUCUUACUCAAAGCACAACCAAAACCCAAACUAAAAUAGAGAGAUGACAAAGGAUUUUUGCAACCCUAUGCAACCCAAAAUAACUUUCUACUUCAGAGAUAGUUCAGGAAGCUUUGUGUGUCUUUUAUUGAGA